UUCGCGCUCAUUUCAAAGAGGCGGCAAGAUGGGAUAUUGUAGGCAACGGAGUAGCUCUUCGAAGUUGUGAGAAAGCAUUGUCAGAUAAGAAGGUGACAUACGGCUAUCCACAGACACAGUCACUACGUAUACAGGGUGGCUGCAGCUUUCAGAAGAGCAUGGAGAUGGAAAUUGUGGAUCCUUUAUCACCUGGAGGUCUGAAGAAGAGAGAGCCUCUUACAGAAUGUGGUAAUGGAAAUAUACGAGUCUCUGAUAGCCAUGGUCCUCAAACUCACUCAGAAAAGGAUAAGCAACUAUAUUUUAAUAAGCUUAUCAGUAGAGCCAAGGAAAAAGUUAGUCAAGGCAAGCUGGAGGCUGCAUUGGAAUACUACAAAAAAGCAUACAGAAUUGACCCAAAAGAGAAACUGCAGAAAAAGAUUACUAAAAUGGAGGCAUACAUCCGUGACCAUGAAGACAGUGGGGAUGCCUCAGAAGAAUCUGACAUGAUCCACAUAGGCAAGGGGUUCUAUCUCUACAAGGCUCUGUGUAAUAAAUUGUACCCACAUCAGAAGCAGGGGCUGCUGUGGAUGUGGAGUUUAUAUCAGAAGAAAAAGGGAGGGAUAUUGGGAGAUGACAUGGGGUUGGGUAAAACGAUCCAGGUCAUCUCUUUCCUGUCUGGUAUGUUUGAUUCUGAGCAUGUCCAUGCUGUCCUCAUUGUAAUGCCUGUGUCACUGAUCCUGAACUGGGAGAAAGAAUUUGAGAAGUGGGCUCCAGGUAUACGAGUAUCUGCAUUCCAUGGGAGCAGUAAGAGGGAGCGAGAGAGAGCUCUGGGGAAGGUGCAGCGCCGGGGUGGGGUUUGUCUCACCUCCUACGGCAUGGUGGUGUCCAGCUGGCAAGUACUGAGCCAGAAGGAUGACAGAGAAUUUAAAUGGGACUAUGUGAUCCUUGAUGAGGGUCACAAGAUUAAGAACCCCACCAAGACAUCCAAAGGUGUACGUGCAAUUCCCUGCAGUAACAGAAUUAUUCUGACAGGAACACCUAUUCAGAAUAAUCUAGGUGAGAUGUGGGCUUUGUUUGACUAUGUUCAGCAAGGGGCAUUACUUGGGACUGCAAGGACAUUUAAGAUGGAGUUUGAUAAUCCAAUAACUAGGUCAAGGGCCAAAGAUGCCACAAUGGGUGAGAAACGCCUUGGGGCUGAGAUGGCAGAAACCCUCAGAAAGAUCAUAGCACCCUACUUCUUACGUAGAACUAAAGCUGAAGUCCAAGCUAUGAACGAAGACAAAGAGAAUGCACAAGAAGGAUCCAGUGAAAGAUCAGCUACACCUUUAAUGCCCUCUCUAACCAGAAAGAAUGACUUUGUGAUCUGGGUGUAUUUGUCUGAAAUUCAAAAGAAGAUCUACCAGGACUUCAGUUCUUCCGAUGAAGUUAAAGAGUUACUGAUGGUGACCACGAGGUCUCCCCUGACUGCACUUAUUGUCCUGAAAAAGAUUUGCGAUCACCCAAGACUGUUGUCAAGUGCUGCUUGUAUGCAACUAGGUUUGGAUGGGCAGGACUUUGAAGCAGAGUACUUAAACCAUCCAGCUUCCCAAGAAUCUGCUGCCAAUAGAAUACACAAUAUCACUGAUGAUAUCCUGAUUAACGAAUCCGGGAAGAUGCUGUUCUUGGUAGACCUGCUUGACAACUUGAAACAAGAGGGCCAUCGCUGCCUGGUAUUCUCACAGUCAAGAAAGAUGUUGGAUAUCAUACAGAAAGUUAUUACCAACAGGGGCCACAAAGUAGCUCGUAUGGAUGGCACAGUUACACAGCUAGAUGACAGAGAGAGGAUCAUAAAGAAAUUUGAGUCAGAUAGCAGCUAUUCUGUGUUCCUGUUGACCACUCAGGUGGGAGGUGUUGGUUUGACUCUGACUGCAGCUGACAGGGUUGUUAUAUUUGAUCCCAGCUGGAACCCUGCCACAGAUGCCCAGGCAGUGGACAGAGUGUUCAGGAUAGGCCAGGACAAGAAUGUGGUGGUCUACAGGCUGAUAACAUGUGGCAGCAUAGAGGAGAAGAUCUACAGGAGACAGGUGUUCAAGGAGUCCAUUACAAGACAGACCACUGGGACAUCCAAAAACCCAUACAGAUACUUCAGCCAGCAAGAGCUGAAAGAACUGUUCAUCCUGGAUGAUCCCACCAUGUCUGUGACACAGCAGCAGUUACAGGACAUGCACAGCAGCAGCAGGAUCAGUGACAAUAACCUGGAUGCUCAUGUGGCUUUUCUGCAUACACUGGCCAUGUAUGGCCUAACUGACCAUGACCGCAUGUUCUCUCAUGAAGCAGCUCAUGAUGAGGAGGAAGAUGACGAGGGUGGUACAGAUUAUAUACAAAGCAGGGCCCAGAAAGCUCUUGAAACAAUCAACAUGGAGUCACAGAUGAACACACAAAUGCAGGAGACCAUGUCCAAAUACCCUCCCAAUUAUCUUGUACAUGACAGUCUGCAGCAGCCUCCCAUAGUGGCACCAAGUAGGGAUGAUACUAAACGUUCCAUGCCCAGCAGACCUCCAGCUCCCACGACCAGCUCUGGGCCUCUCAUUGAUCUGGCUGCUGUUGAUACAGAAUCAGAGGAUAGUGAGAUUGAUGAGGGCUUGAACCAGACUCUGGCAGACCUUACACUAGAAGAUGUAGAUAUGGAGGAUGAAGCACAUCAACAGGAAAAUGGGAAGAAAGAAGAAGUUCCAAGCAGCCCAGAAAGACAACCUAUUAUUAUUGAAGAACAGAUGAUAGUGUCUCCAGAUGCCUCAAGACCCAUCAUCACAACACAGCGAGUAGACAAGGAACCUUUCACCAACUUCAAUGAACUCCUCAAGAGUGAAUGUAAGAAUGAAAGCAAUCCAGCAUCUUUGACUGAAGACGGACCUGAUAUCAGAGCUGAUUCCACUGAUUUUGAGCAAGGGAAUGGUCGGAAAACACCACAUGACUCUUUGCCCUUUGGAAAGGAGAAAAGGUUAGAAGAAAGCAGUGUCAUUGUUUUAGACUCUGCCAGCAACACUCCACAAGUAAAACACCUUAAUCCAGCUUCUGGCAGUGUGGACAGAAUCUGUAUCCCUGAUAGUGAUGAGGAUGAUGGUGAUGAUGAUGAUGGGGGAGAGAUGGUUGUAGAUGACAGCUUCACCAGUGCCAAAGGUCGGUCAGAGGCUUCCACUUCAAAAAGUGACUCCAAUAAUAUUUCUGAUGUCAAAGUACAGUAUAGUCCCCAUGGCAGGGCCAGAUCUGUUCAAGUCUAUGACAGCCCGGUUGUAGGGCCUACAAUAGAUAUGGAAGACAGUCCUGUACACACAGCUAAGAAGCAGUCCAGGCGUACUAGAAUUGCAUCUUCAUCAGAUGAGGAAGAGAUAUCUGCUUCAAAAGAGAAAGAGGGUUAUAACACUGCACCAUCAUCCCCGGCAAGUGGAAUGCCUGUGAUCAUCAGUAGUUCUGAGGGAGAAGAUGAGGAUGGCAAUAGUUCAAACAAAAUUGGAAGGAGUGCCAAAAUCAGAAAAGAAGGGGGCCUCAACAUUUCGCAAGGAAAGUCACAAGAGGCAAACAGCUCACAGGAGGAAGAAGGGGAUGAUGUUAUCAGUUCACAGGAGGAGGAAGAGGAGGAGGCAGGCAGCAGUACGGAUGACUUCAUAAAUAAUGAUUCUGAAGAAUUAGAAGAAGAGGAAGAGUCAGUAGAAGAGGAGGAAGAAGGCAGUGAAGAAGAUUCUGAUGAAGAAAAUGAAAUAGAGGAUUCUGAAGAGGAAAUGCCUGCUGAAAAAAUACAGGAAUUUGAACAUGCCAGGAAUUUGGCAAGGCAAUAUUAUGAAAAUGGCCGGCACAAUCAAGCUAUGGUGCACAUUCUUAAAGCCUUGGAGAUCCAUCACGAUGAUAGUCUGAAACUCAUGGCACUGAAAAUAGCCCAGAAGAGAAAGAAAGGAGAGUAGACUUCAUCAGAUUACUAAGCAUCAGCACAGAAACCAUAAAAUCUACUUGGUGCUCAGAAAACAUGAUUUUGUUUGUUUAAUAUUCACUACCAUAUUAUGCAAUAAGUCUGUUGGCCUACAGAAAGAUGGAACACGCGGCAUAUGAUAACUGAACUCUUUACUGGUGCAAUGUUAACUAAUACAGGACUUUUGACUUUCUACAACACUCCCUCAUUACAAGAAGUACUCUAUAUUUAGAGAAAAAAUUGUCUAGAAAAGUAAAAAAACUCUAUCAUGGAAUGUACGUGUUAUUUUUUUGUAACCAUGCUGGUUCUUAUAUAAAAUAAGUAAAAUGAUUUAUUAUUAAAAAAUGCUGAAGAUAGAUAAAAGCAGUAAGAGGGUGCAUUUUUCUCAUUUGAAACAACAUUUUCACGAAGGUACAUAAAUGUGAAAAAUUCAACUUUCACAUAAAAAUUGGAGAAGCUCUUUAAAAUGGAUGCUGAUUUAGUAACAACUUUCAUUGAAUAUAGAAAAUUUAUGUAUUACAUGUUAUACAAUUUUCAGUAUACAUAACGAAAAUUUACAUUAGUCAAUUAAACUAACAAGGACCUUUGGAUGGCUAGUGAGAUUCUUUCAGAUACACAUGCAUCAACUUAGAAUAUGAUAUAUACACAGUACACUUACACAUUUUAAUACUUGUCAUUAAAUGUAUGUUCCUCGAAUAUUUAGGUAAAUACAGUACUGGAAUGUGCA